AAGCCAGUGCCAUGCCGCGUAAACACGAAUCGUGAACUUGAGCGCCGUCGUUACCGUCGUUACCAACGUGCGGUGCCAGCUUUAGCGAGUGUCAGAUUUUGAAAAACCUCGGCUAAGAAUGGAUCGCUAAGUAGGUCCGCCCACUUUAUAGCAAAGCGACAGCGUAUUCCGCUUCACCGGCUCAAGUGAUCCCGUGCUGUGUCACUUGCUUUCCUACGCGUUCAGGGACCGAGCUCCAUGGCGAAAGCUGCGACGGUGACAAAACUUCGGCGCGUCACGAAAAAAGACCCCGAUCCUAAUCCGCUCUUCACGAAAUGGCUUCAGGAGUGGAAGGAGGCCGCCGUUGUCAGCAACAGCAAACUCCAGCACGUCUACGGCAGGGCAUUGAAAUCGCUCAAGAAGUACCCCCUGGUGCUGAAGACCGGCAAAGAGGCGAAGAUAUUGGAGUACUUUGGCGACAAGCUGUGCAACAUGCUCGACAAAAAGCUGGAAGAGCAUCGGCGAGAGAACCCCGACUGGUGUCCGGCCUCUGACUCCGUGCCAAUGGUGCUGGACCUGACGGACAACGAUGACGACUCGCAGGCGUCGGUUAGCCAGGACGACGCGAGCGGCGCAACAACCUCCGGUGGUGGAGGACAGGUGCCUGUGGGCAAAGCAAAACGCAAGAAAGCCGGCGACGCUGGGCCGACCGCCAAGAAAAGGGGGCCGCGACGGUACAUUCCGCUGCCGCGGAGUGGGGCACACGCAAUACUCAUGAUUCUGGGCCAGAGAAGACUGCAGCUCAAGGCUACUUGGGCUGGGGCAAGCAGCCACGAUUGGAUGAGCAAAUCCGACCUCAUUGUCGCAGCACAGCCUCUCUGCGAUGCAUCCUUCACGCAGCCCCUGCCGGAUACCCACUACACGGCUUGGAGCUGCAUGGCAACCCUGAUCAAGAAAGGGCUUGUAACCAAGCAAGGUUGUCCGGCAAGGUUCAGCCUCACAGACGAGGGCGAGGAGCUGGCCUGCCGCCUCAUAGCCCCAGGUACACCUCCCGGAUCGGCAGCUGUGCUGUCGGCAUCGCAGGCCCUGAAUGGCGAGGGAAUGUUCACGUCGUCUUUGUCAGACGAGGAGGUGUCAAAUGGCUUCCCUGUUGUGACGCUACCUCCCCCUCCGCCUCUGGAUUCCCUACGCAUCGUUCUGCUCGUCGACUCCAGCGAAACCACCGCUAUUUCGCAGGAGCGGUUCUUGCGUGAAUUGCGGGCACUGGACAUCCCGCAUGAAGUUCGAAGACUCAAUGUGGGGGACUUUGCUUGGGUGUGCCGGUCGGAGGGCGGCGUACAUGGACGGCGUGAGUGGGUAGUUGGCCCUCUAGUGGAAAGGAAGCGAACCGACGACCUGGCAAAGAGUAUCAUGGAUGGCCGCUUCCACGAGCAGAAGGUGCGACUCGUGGCAUCUGGCAUCAAGCCUCUGGUCUACCUCAUUGAGGAAACAGGCGGGAAGUCCACGUCCUGCAUCUCCGACGCCGCCAUGGAGCAAGGCAUUCUUAACACACAGGUGUCGGAUGGUUUCCUGAUCAAGUGGACGCGUGACCCCAGAGACACAGCUUGCUUCCUGGGCAUCACCACUUGCCACCUGCAGACCAAGAAGGCCUCGGCUGCAUCGUCAGCCGAAUUCCUCGAAGGGAAGCCCACCUGGGAGGACUUCAAUGCAGGGGGUGUAAAGAGCCGAGGACUUCAAGUACGUGAGAUGCUGGCCCUAAACCUCCUUCAAGUCAAGGGUUUGUCGCUCGACAAGGUGAUGCCACUAGUGGAAAAGUACCCAACACCUAUAAGGUUGUUUGAAGCAUUCGAGAGAGCUGCCUCCGAUCCUCGCGGCAAGACUGCAUUCAUGAAGGACUGUGGGAUCACUGGCAAAGCCUUGCAUGAGAAGCUGUUGGCGUUGUAUGGAAGUGCUCUGCCAUUGCAAUGAAGGAAGGACUGUGCAUCACAGUGGUCGCUGAAGAAAAAUAUAGAGAAGAUUAUAUAUUUAUAUAUCAUGAGACUAGGCAAUGUCUCCUAACUGCCGCUCCUCCCAUUGUCAGCAGAAGCACAUCAGCAUCAAAUUGACAACUGAGCAGAAUUCUCGUCUCAAUUCUGACUCCUGCACUGUGUUGUCGUUUUCAGGAGAAAUGCCCAAAAUAAAUCUUUUGGUUC